AUGCGCCCGCGGGAGCGGCGAGAACGGGUGCGCCGUCUGGCUCCCCUGCUGUGCCGCAAUAUGCCGACUCGAAGCGGGCGCGCAGGCUCUCGACCCCUGGCUCCUCAGUCACUUUCAUUUGUCGGACUCUUUUCCAGUCUAGAUGGUUUCACCGCUACUCUGGACUUCGAUCCAGAACAGGAUGCAAGAUCCUGCCGGUCAAACGCCUCGCUGCGCGACACCUUUUGUGUACUUGUUGAUACCUAG